AUGAGGCCACAACUAUGGUGUCUCUUUGUCUUCUGCUUCCAAUUUGAAGCUCUAACAGGAGAAAUCAAUGACUUUGCAAGAUAUGAGAUGUUCUCAUUUCACAAUGGAGGUGUGCAAAUAUCGUGCAAAUACCCAGAGAAUGUUCAGCAGUUGAAAAUGCAGUUGCUGAAAGGGAAAGAAGUACUCUGUGACCUUACCAAGACCAAGGGGAGUGGAAACACAGUGUCCAUUAAGAACCAGAAGUUCUGUCCAUCUCAGUUAUCAAACAACAGUGUCUCUUUUUUCCUAAAUAACCUGGACAGUUCCCAUGGAAGCUACUACUUCUGCAACCUAUCGAUUUUUGACCCUCCUCCUUUUCGAGAAAAGAUCCUUAGUGGGGAAUAUUUGCAUAUUUAUGAAUCACAGCUUUGUUGCCAACUGAAGUUCUGGCUACCCAUAGGAUGUACAGCUUUUGUUGUAGUGUACAUUUUGGGAUGUGUAUUCAUCUUCUGGUUUACAAAAAAGAAGUAUGGAUCCACUGUACAUGACCCCAACAGUGAAUACAUGUUCAUGAGAGCAGUAAACACAAACAAAAGAACCUAA